AUGGCGACACCUCACGUCCUGGCCCUGCCCUUCCCUGCCCAGGGCCACGUCAUCCCUCUGAUGCAGCUCUCCCACCGGCUGGUCGAGAAUGGCAUCGAGGUCACCUUCGUCAACACCGAACUCAACCACGCGCUCGUGCUAGACGCGAUGCCGGCUGACGGCAGUGGCCGGUCGCUCGACGGCAUCCACCUGGUGGCCGUCCCGGACGGGCUGGCCGAAGGCGACGACCGCAAGGACCUCGGCAAGCUCGUCGACGGGAUGUCGCGGCACAUGCCGGGCUACCUGGAGGAGCUUGUCGGUAGGACUGAGGCCUCCGGGGGCACAAAGAUCAGUUGGCUCGUCGCCGACGAGGCCAUGGGAUGGGCGUUCGAGGUCGCCAAGAAGCUCGGCAUCAGGGCCGCCGCCUUCUGGCCCGGGUCGGCUGCCUUCCUCGACAUAACGUUGAGAAUUCCUCAGAUGAUACAGGUCACGGCCUCAUCGACGAGAAAGGAGACAUCCCAGUUCGCGCCGGGGAUGCCGCCGCUGCACACGUCGAAGCUACCGUGGAACCACGCCGGCGCGCCGGAAGGCCAACCGGCCAUAUUCCAGCUCGUCACCCAGAACAACGAGGCCAAAGACCUCGCCGAGGUCAUCCUCUGCAACUCGUUCCGCGACGCGGAACCCGGCGCGUUCAAGUUGUACCCCGGCAUCCUGCCCAUCGGCCCCCUGUUCGCCGACCAUCAGCUCCAGAAGCCGGUGGGGCAGUUCUUGCCGGAGGACACCGGUGUACGUGGCAUUCGGCAGUUUCACCGUGUUCAACCCGCGGCAGUUCGAGGAGCUUGCGCUGGGGCUGGAGCUCGCUGGCCGGCCCUUCCUGUUGGUGGUGCGGCCCGACUUCGCCACUGGCCUGAGCAAAGCGUGGCUCGACGAGUUCAGGGACCGUGUCGGCGGCAGGGGCAUGAUCGUGAGCUGGUGCCCCCAGCAGCAGGUACAUAUGUUCCACGCCAUACUUGCAGCGUCGUCCGCACUGCAUACCGUCACCGUGCGGUGCUUCCUUCCAUUGGACAGGUGCUGGCUCACCGUGCGGUGGCGUGCUUCGUGUCGCACUGCGGGUGGAACUCGACGCUGGAGGGGGUGCGGAACGCGGUGCCGUUCCUGUGCUGGCCCUACUUCACGGACCAGUUCCAGAACGAGAGCUACAUCUGCAACGUGUGGAGGACCGGCUUGGCGGUGGCGCCGGGGCCGGACGGCGUCGUGACGAAGGAGCAGCUGAGCGGCAAAGUGGAGCGAGUCCUCGGAGACGACGGGAUCAGGGAGAGGGUGAUCGCGCUGAAGGACGCGGCGUGCCGGUCGAUCGCCGAGGGUGGGUCGUCGCAUGACAAUUUCAAGAAGUUCGUGGAGCUCGUGAAACUGAAAGAAUGA